AGAAGUGUAUAAGAAGCAGCGUAAAGUUUCACAAACCUCAAAUAACUGCAAGAGAGCGGAGACACUGAAAGAUUAUCACGAACAACAAUAGUCUCACCACCAUGGCUUCAAUUGAAGACAAGAUUCGCUCUGCCGCAACUCGCAAUCAUGAGUUACUUGGCGUCCUGUCCGUAACAGAUCAUGGAAUACCCGACCUUGAAAACCAGAAAAAGUACAUUCUCGACUUGGAAAGCCAGGCAAGAAAGAACGCAGCCAAACUCGCGACUCUAAAAAGCAAACAUGCAGUCGAGCUGAGGGAGCAUGAGAAUUACCGUGACAGCGUCGUCCGGCGCUUCGUGUACAAGAUCGGUGGCAAAAAGGACAAGUUUGAGGCUCGCGCCGCCAAAGAAGAGCGCGAAUACUUUGACGUGCUACAAGAAGAGCACAAAGAGACUGAGGUGAAGAAGAACAUCGAGUCGGCGCUCGCCCAGGCGCGACAAGCAUCAGCCGAACUUGAAGCUGUCGUCCAGCGACACAAGACUGCACAGCAGGAGCUGGAUAGCCUCUACAACGACAUUUUCUCGGGGCCCACGCCUCAGUUUCCGGAGGAAGACGAGCGAGAGCAGGCUUGCACAUCAGCGCAGGUGAACUACCAGGAGGCUCGCAUGCGUGCAGAGAGCCAGAUCCAAGCCAUCAAGAUGCUAGAGCAGGCGAAACAGCGCAUGGGCAAUGCCUUAAAAGCCAUGCAAGAUGCGCUAUCGGCGUCUCGUUUCGACAUGUUUGGCGGCGGUACCAUGGCCGACGUGAUGGAGCGAAAUGCUCUCUCACAGGCAGAAGUUCAGCUCUCCCAGGCCCGGAUGGACACGAUGAACGCACAGCGGAUGGAUCCCGCAAUCAAGGACUUGCCCCCUGUAAAAAUCUCCCACGGCAACUUAGUCGGCGAUGUGCUAUUUGACAACAUCUUCUCAGACAUGGAUUUCCACAACAAGAUCAAGCGGUCAAAUGCCGAGGUGGAGCGCUGCGCUAAUGUGCUCAAGUUGGAGAUUCAAAGAGCGCAGGAGAGGCAUCAGGGCGCGGAGGCUGAGGCGAAAGAGUGGGAGAGACACCUGAAAGAUGCGCGAGCGGCGCUCCAGACGGCGAGGGAGAUGGCGUUUGAGAGGACGCUCAACGGGGAGAGCGGAGAGAUGCCGCCGACGUACUCGGUGCAGAAGGUGGUUUAAUUGAUGGACUUGUCAUCUUUGCUGUUUUGAUUUAUUGCCAUCUACUGAUAGAUCAUGUAUGUAUUUAAGGUAGAAUUGAUAUCCCGGGUUAUUGGUAGCUAUAAAAGUGAGAUUUACAAACUCACCUCUGAGUCAAAUGAACGAAGCGUCUCUCAGCUCUCACGCAUAUUGCGAGUCACCCAGGGUUACAGUGACAUUUUAAAAUUCCUGAGCACAUGUUAAAAAUCUCUUCUCACUAUAUAUACACAAUAUCUGGUACUACAAGAGAGAUGCCUCGCUGACCAUCUUCGCCCUCAUGAUACCGAGAGACUGCCCGUCAGCCGGAUAUCCCUACUGCUUGCUCCCACACUGAUGCCAAACGAUCCCGAUGGC